GAAUUUCUUUAAAGGAAAACUCUUAUACUUAAGACUGUUUAUCCACCUUAAUUGUGCUUCCCCAUACCUUAACUUUGCUGAUUAUAAUGAGGUCUAAAGAUGUGUGUAAGGAGAUCCGCUCUGAUUAUAACAUGCUGAAAAGUGGCAGUUAAAAAACAACAGGUAAAAUAGUAAAGUUUUUAUUUUCUCCUCUGAGAACCUUUAUAGUCUUUUAUGUGCCCAAUACUGCUCCUUUUCCUGAGAACAGGGUGGCGCUUGUCUUCUAAAGAAACCUUUCUUUUAGUUCUUCUUAAGCCUCUAAUAUCUUUUCAGAGGAAGCUUCAUGUGAUUUUUUUCCUCCUUUUAGAAAAAUUUACAUCAUCCUUAUAUCCACGGCUGUCUUACCACAGAAUACGACUUAAUUGGGCUCCCAUACUUCCAGUAGAGUAGAACAUUUGUAGUGUCAUGUUGUAUGCUUCAUGGACAAAUGGACAAGCUAACCUGCUGGGCUUGAGCAAAGAUGCUUACUACCCUCUUCUCCCAAAGAGCAUUUAGAAAAAGAGAAAGCUUAUUCAUAGGAGAGCUAACUUCCUGGUAUGCCUUUGGGAUAUGAUCAUAAUACUUGAGUGGAUUCCACUGAAGGAAGCAUAUGAUUUCAGUUCUUUUUAGAGUGAAAUAAGAUUGCAGUGAACAUGCAGGGUAACAGGAAUUAUGUUAAUGAAGUAAAUAUGAAGAGGGUAUUUUGUAAAAUGUGAAGUACAAGCUUAACAGUUAGAUUUGUAAGCUAUGCACCCAUUUACUUUAUAGAUUGCUCCUUUUCUUCUCUUUGCCAUUUGAGCUGCUCUGGAUUCUGUAAUAAGGCUUUUCUUACAGCCUGCAGUCAUCCACAGUCUCAGAAGGCAGCACAGCAGAGCCACAACCAUUGACCACUUCGCUGUUGUCAUUUUGGCAUGUACAAUGAGAGGAAAGAGGCAUGGUCCCGAAUUAAGGAAUCUGGCAGAAGUUGCACAGUGCUGUCAGAACGCCUCUCUGCAAGGGAGGGUGUUGCUGUGGGUCCUGGGUGAUGACUUACUGAAAGCAAAUGGUUCAGUUUUAGCUUGGUGCUGGUGACAUCAAUCCCUAUGUAACAACCUAUGUUUUCCCUGUCUUUCCAGGAGAAUUGUCAAUGGAUUUGUCACGCUCUCAUUCCAUGCACACUUUAAGCUGGUGAAGCUCUCGCUGUUUGUUCUCGCCACUGAGCACAUGAAAGAACUUUCACAGCUGAGUAGCACAGCAUGUCACAGCCAAGUACGUCAUCAUCUUUAUUACUGUGCAGUACAAUGUCACCUGUACCAUUGAUGACAAGAGUGAACGUGUUAAUUUUUAUGAAUAUGGUCCUAAAGACAUUGCUACAAUCUUCUUCUACAUGCUCAUAGCUAUUAUUCUGCAUGCUGUAAUCCAGGACUACAUAUUAGAUAAAAUUAAUAGACGUCUGCAUUUGUCAAAAACAAAGCACAGCAAGUUCAAUGAAUCAGGGCAGCUAGCAUUUUUCUACUUAUUUUCAUUUGUAUGGGGAGCCAGUAUUUUGAAUGCAGAAGAAUUCGUGGUGAACCCAACAUUACUGUGGAAAGAUUAUCCUCAUUCUCGUAUGCUUUUUCAGGUAAAAUUCUUCUAUAUUUGCCAGAUAGCCUAUUGGCUUCAUGCACUGUCAGAACUAUACUUCCAGAAGAUCCGAAAGGAAGAUAUUCCAAGGCAGCUAUGUUAUAUUUGCCUUUACAUUGCUCAUAUCUCUGGUGCCUAUAUAUUGAAUUUGCAGCAUUUGGGGCUAAUUCUGAUGAUACCUCACUAUUUAGUGGAACUCAUGUUCCAUGCUUCACGUCUUUUCUACUUCAGUGAUGAAAACAAGCAAAAAGGAUUUACCAUCUGGGCUUUACUUUUCGUAAUGGUGCGUCUUUUGACCCUAACUUUAUCCGUCCUUACGUUUGGAUUUGGUCUGGCCAGAGUAGAGAAUCCAGGUUUUUCCAUAGCAGACGGAAACUUCAACGUACUCAGUGUGAGGAUUAGCUGCCUGGGUGCUGUUUGUUUAACACAGGCCUGGAUGAUGUGGAAAUUUAUAAAUUUUCAGCUGAAGAAAUGGAGAGAGCAUAUUAAGAAGCAAAUUCUGAAGAAGAAAAUAUCAAACACGAAGAACAAACUGACAAAAAAGGGACUAAACAGAGCUAACGUUGUCAAUGGAGCAGCAAAGCUAGAAGAUGGAGCAUCACCAAGAAUAAGAAAAUCAAAACCAGUAUGAGAUACAAGCUAGUAUCAGAAGACGUUUGACAGAAGACUGUGAGUUAAAGAAUUGACCUUGCAAAGCUAUAAUUUGGAUGUCUCAUUAUUUAAAUGGACACUAUCAGGUUAUAUUUUUACAAUAUUUUUGUUAAUAACCCUAACUUUAUGAUAGGAUUCUCUUAGAUCUAGUUUAUCCCAGUAGUCAUAUUUAAACUCACUUACCUUUAACAAUAAAAAUGGACAGAUCAGUUUGAACUUCUGACUCUGUGAUCAGAAAUUAGUACAUUUCUGUAAUAUUUUUAUUACAGAUAUUUCAGGAGGCUGUCUAAAUCUUAGUUGUUUGGUUUUAUGUAUUUAUAAAAUCUGAAGUCUGUACCAGAAAGUUCUUACCAUAUUUGUUUACCCUGUGUCUCCUGAGAGUUAUUUUCUUUAUUGCACUCCUCUUACAUGGAGUAAGAGGAAUGUCUAGAAGCUAUAUAGCAAAAAUAUACAGAAAAAUGCAAAAAUGUUUUAUAACUAAUUUCCCUUCAAAGAUUACAGAUUUAGAGUGCAAAUUCUGGCAGGACAUCGCUAAUCUUCCAGUAUAAAGAUGUGGACUAUCUUUAGUAAAGAUGCAGAUUGUCUCAAUUGGCAGAAAUAGUAGAUUGCCUGUUGAAUUUUUGCUGUGGAUUAUACCCUUUUGUAGAGGGAGGGGAAAAGGAGGGGGAAAUAAAAAGUAGCCAGUUAAUAUCUAC